AUGCUUGAAAAUGCCUUCCGAUCAAAGCUCAAAUUUCGGCCCCAAAAUAAAGAAGAUGAAGGAAAGAAGAGCUAUGGAGAAAUUUCUAGAAGAAGAGAAGCUUCUAGAAAUUUCUUUAAGAACAAGCCAGAUAAAAAUCCUCCAUGCAAUAUAUGCAAAAGACCAGGCCACGCAGAGGAAAAUUGUUGGUACCGUAAUAUGCCACAAUGCAACCAUUGCAAGAAGUUCGGACACAUAGAGAAAAAUUGUCGCAACAAAGAUAGGCAUCAAGCUAAUAUUGCAGAGGAGCGUGAUCAAGAACAAUGUAUGUUCUAUGCCACUCAAUACUCAAUGAAAGAAAAAGGAGGAAGUUUGUACUUGGAUAGUGGAUGUAGCAAUCACAUGGCCAGGGAUGAUACUAUUUUUAAAAGUAUUGACGAGUCUGUCAAACUGAAAGUCCGACUAGGAAAUGGUAGUGUGGUUGAAUCAAAAGGAAAAGGCACUGUCAUGGUGGAGACAGAUAAAGGUACGCGACUCAUCCAUGAUGUCUUACUAGUUCCCAGCCUAAAAGAAAAUAUUCUAAGCAUUGGUCAAAUGAUGGAGAGAGGCUAUACACUUCACUUUGAAGGAGGUGUAUGCAAAAUAUUAGACAAUAAAAAUAAAAGGGCCGAGAUUGCCCAAGUGAAGAUGAAUAAGAGCAAUAGAAGCUUCUCGCUAAAUUUAAAAUAUGCAACUAACAUUGCCAUGAAAGUACAAGUUGAUGAUUCAUGGCUCUAG